CUUUAUUUCCUACUUCCUGGUCUAAACUCUGCCCAAGCCCAAUGGCUCCACUUCACUUUUCGCCUUUUAAACGCUAUACAUAUAAGUAGAAAUGAAUACACGAGUAACUUGAUUACAAAUCGACUACUUUUCAUAAACGUCUUUAGUGCUUUAGCAGAAUUUGACAAUGGCAGAUACAAGCCGCCCUCAGCGCAAGCUGUCCCGAGCUGGAGAGAGUUUAUACCAGAUAUUAGGCUUGCCGAAAGGAGCUUCAUCUGAGGAUAUUAAGAAAGCAUACAGGAAACUGGCACUGAAGUAUCACCCAGACAAGAACCCUAACAACCCUGAAGCAGUGGAGAAGUUCAAAGAGAUCAACAAUGCCAACACCAUCCUAAACGACGACACUAAACGACAGAUCUACGACGAAUAUGGCUCCAUGGGCCUCUACGCCGCGGACCAGUUUGGAGAGGAUGGCGUUAAAUACUACUUCCUCAUGUCCAAAUGCUGGUUUAAGGCACUUCUGGCAUUGGGAAUGAUCUUCACAUGUUGCUGCUGCCUUUGCUGCUGUUGUUGCUGUUGCGGUAAAUGUGGCGGUUCAGAGAACGAAAAUCAUUUUCAUUAUGUGGAUCCAGAUGAGCUGGAGGCGGAGAUGUCAGAGGAGCAGAAUAGAGGCAAUGACACAGUAAUAACAGGACAGCCUAUUCCCAGUCCAGCACCCGGAAAUUCAGGAAACACUGUGAUUGUAGGAAUGCCCAUUCCUGCCCACUCAGAUGGAGACUCACAUGUGGCACAGGAGUAGAGCAAACUAGCACCUCCAGACUUAUUAGGAAGACUGAUUCACUCCUGUUUCUGGUUGUAGAAAUGAGGACACUGCUGUAGAAAUGUGUUUGAGCAUCAGUGGUUUGUAUUACACAGUGCCUGUGCGGUUGAUCUCCACACAUAAUGCUAUUUCUGUUUACAUUAUUUUAUUAUAAUUGCCUUUUGGUUGCUUGAAUGUCUUUUGAUAUUUUUUGCAGAAACACUUUAUUUUGUAAUGCUUCAUUUAAAGCAGCUAUGUAGUUUUCAUACCCGGAAUUUCGUAUUAGACGUCAGAAUGAUUUUGAUACUACAAGGUAAAAAUGUUCAUAGAGUUGCUUUAAAUGACCUCUAGAGUACAAUCAAAUAUAUCUUGCACAACAAAUUCAACCUGAAGUAAUACCACAAAAAUUUUCUGUUUAUAUUAUAUAUCAACACCAGAAGAAUUCAUUUGUGCAAAAUAAAAUGUUCUAUUUAUAAUCUUUAAUUCGUACAUUGUGGAAAAGGUAAACCAUGCUUUUCCAUUGAAAUCUAAUAUAUGCACUUGUGUGCUUUUUAUUACAGUAAUUCUUAAGAUCAAACGUUUGUAUUAUUAAUGCUGUAUUUAUACAAUGUGGAGUCUUUGAGGCUCCAAUACAAAACCAAGUCUUUUCUUAUCUGUAAAUGCACAGAAACAUUGAUAUUUUAUCUAACAGACAACUAUAUGUGGUUUCUUUUGCCACCAUUGCAAGUGAACAUUGAAAUAACUUAACUAUUUUAUGACACACAAUAAUUUGGUAUGAUGCUGAAGAUUAGACGAUUCAAAUGAAUGUAUAUAAAUAAUGAACAUUAUGCAAUAUGAUCAUUAUAGCCGGGGUUCAGAGUUUAAAGGACCACUGUAAUCGUGCCUCACUGGUGAUAAAGCUGCUAAUUUGCAGGUGAAUGUUUCGUUUAUCGUGGUAACAUUGCACAGCCUCAGGGGUGCUUUUGUCUAAGAUGAAAACGUUUUGUUUAUAAUUGAAAUUAUAUGAUUUCUAUGUGAAAUUAUGAAAGAUUAAUAAAUGUAGUUGAUUACUGUAUCUCUACUCAAGCUUUUUAUGUCAGUUUAUAUGAAUAUGUACAACAAUAAAAUCUAAAUAAAAUAA